AUGGCCGCCGUGACGAAGCUAUGGCACGUAUUUCAUAUUCUCGAUUCGAAAAACCAUGAAUUUCUCCAAAAGUUACAUAUGGAAUAUGGCCAGUUUGUCCGUACAGGGCCAAAUGAGAUUACUAUUUUCCACCCUGCGGCUAUUCAAGAGAUAGAAAUUUCAAAAAACCAAACAACCAAAGAUGUUUGGUAUGAUCUCCUGAAGCCCUAUAAAUCAGCUAUUUUUGCGCGGGACGACGACCUGCAUAGAGAAUGGCGUAGAUCUUGGACACAGUCCUUUUCUAAGAAAUGCAUGGAAGCUUAUCGUUCACGAAUAGCAGAACUAACUAAAACGCUUUCUCAAAGCAUAUCAGACUAUGAAGGCACCCCCGUAGACAUUGAUGAAGUCAUGACUUGGUUCUCGUUUGAUGCAAUGGGCGAUAUUUUAUUCGGAGAGGACUUUGGUCUUACCCGUUCCAAGUCUAUACAUCCUGGAAUCGUUCAUCGUGAUCGAGCAUUAUCUGUUCUCGGGCCUCUUGAGGGAGCUAUAUGGAUAGCUCGUUUUGGGUUUUCAUUUACACCUUUCUUAGGAAAAGUUAAAGACUGGUUUAAACUGGUCUCCUUUUGCGAUGAUCAAUUAAGGAGAAGGAUACAGCGCCCAACCGAGUCCUUAAAACUGGAUAUGGCCUCCUUCUUCCUUGAAGAAUAUAAUAAAAACGCUGAAACGAUGAACGACAAAGAUCGGAGUCUUUUACUAAGCGGAACAGUGCUUUCGGCAGUUGUCACUGGAAGCGAUACGAGCAGAGCCGCCUUGAUUGCAGCUUUCUGGUUCUUGUCGGAAUACCCCAUCCAUGCUGACAAGAUUCGAUCUGAGCUUCAAGUUUUAAAUCCAUACGACAUAGAUGCUUUACUAACCCUUCCGCAUCUAAAUGGGGUAAUAAAUGAAGUAUUACGUCUAGUACCACCAGCUAUGACAGGAUUGGCCAGGACCACAGGGCCCAAUGGUCUUGUAUUUGAUGGCACAUUCAUUCCACCGUUUACUACUAUAAUAGCACCUAAAUAUGUCAUAAUGAGGAUGGAAGCCGCGUUUGAAUUUCCGAACGAAUUUAUUCCUGAGCGCUGGUACUCAAGGCCGGAGCUCGUCCGUGACGAACGCGCUUUUGCGCCAUUUGGUUUCGGCAAUCGCAUGUGUACAGGUAAAUCCCUCGCUCACACAGAGCUCUGUCUUACCAUCUCAACUCUGCUCCGUCGCUAUAAGAUCUAUUUUGCGCCGGAGUACGAUCCCCAGACAAUGUGGCGAGAUAUGAAAAAUCAGGUAACUGCGCAACCGGGACGUGUUUUAUGUAUCUUCGAGCCGUUGAGUGACGUUGGAAACUAAUGACUAUUUGGAGUUGAGUCCUUUUCGUAACAAGGGAUAUCAAGGAGUGCAGAUGUCAUGGCUUAUAUUAUAUUUAUCAAAAAUAAAGCUAGACUCUUGCCUAGGUUAAGUAUCUAACCUACUAAGGUAGCUACAAAAUAAUCUUUGGGGAAUUUAAAGGUCGCCUGAGGAUUGGGCCGUACGAUGUAAGGGAAGGCCUUCGUAUAUGCAAGACUUUAUAUAUGAAAGCACGUAU